AUGUUGAAAUACGAGCUUCGCAAAGUCCUCCGCGGGGAAGUUCUGUCAAGUUCAAGCAUAAAGCUUGGACCUUUCUCAAAUGCAGCCAUUGUGAUCCUCCAUACAGGACAUGCAGAAGACACAUGCAUUCAUCUCCAAGCGGUUCGUGUCAGCAUCGCUCACAGGGUAACGAGCGAGCAGGUUGCAGUGGCCGGGAUGAACUCCAAGGACAUCGAGGCCGUGCAGACGCGUACACUGCUGUUUACACUCCCAGGCAGGGAGAGGGAUAAGUUUGAAGGCAAGAUUAGAGCUGUGGUUCAGUCUCUCAUUGAUAAUGGGAUUGAUGUUAAAGUUCAUCUUGACUGA